GAACAUGACUAAAAUUGUUGAAGUCAGUGACAUUAAGGGAAUGGGUAAAGACAUUUUUUCAGCUGAAGUGAACUGGACAAACUGAGCUCAUGGAGAUAUGUAUGUGUGUUUUGCAUCUAACGGAGUGUCUAAUGUUUCAGAUGUUGUUUCAUUGAAAGUUGCUAGGAGUCCAACUCUACUGUUAGUAGUACAGACAUCAGCUACAUCAGUGAUAGUGGAGUGGAGUCAGCCAUCAGGAGGAGCCACAGUGACUGGAUAUGUAGUACACUAUAGUGACAGAGUUGUUAAC